AUGCCAGGUACCAUCCAGCUCCACGGCAACCCAUCUCCUCCUCGACGCCUAGUCAUGGCCCGCCAAAAGACUCGUGAUGCCUUCAUGGCAACCACCUCUCACAAACAGAAGCUAGCCGCACAAGAUACAUCGACGUCUACCAGCCUCGAGACUGUCUGGAUCGGGAUUGCUGUCAGCGAUGGCCUCGACGGCUCAAUUGAAGUUGCCUUCGUGAUUCACGACGGCACUUAUUCCAUUGACUUUGCAACCACCUCUAUCGGUGGAAACUCAAGCAAUAGCUCAGAGACGUCAGCCUCGAACUCCGAUACCAAUUCGGGAUCUGUUACCCCUGCCACCUCUGAGGAACGCGCCGAGUUUUUUGCUGAAGACAUUGUCAGCAAGGUGAAGCAUUAUCGUGACGAGCACUUCUUCAAAUUUGUUGGCGCUGGUUUGACGACCAAGGCCGUGCAGACCUGUCCCCAGUUGCCAUCACGCUUAUGGCUGGAACUGGAUAUCGUGCCUCUGGUAUUGGAGCCCAGCUCUGGCAAGCACAACACUGGUAACCCAGAUACGCCUCACUACAAGACUGUAGACGAAGAGGCUGAUGCGGUGGUCAGGAAGGCUCUGGGUUUCUUCGGUAAGGCCAACCAGCCUCGCCUUGAAGUUGUUCAUCGCAACGAAGUCGGUGUCGAUUCGGACGGGCAGGCUCAAAUCACCGACGAGGCCACUUACCGCAAAAGCGUGCAUCCUAACACUUAUGCGGCCACCAUGUUCUACGCAGAUUCACUCAAGAAGAACGGUACUAAGAUCGCUUUCUUCAACAGUACCCCUCAAGGUGGUGGUGUCGCUCUCAUGAGACACGCUCUCAUUCGCUUCUUGCGUUUGAUCGAUGUCAACUGCAAGUGGUACGUGCCAAAGCCAAAGCCUGCGGUAUUCCGUAUUACCAAAAACAACCACAACAUCCUACAGGGUGUAGAGAAGACCGGUCUUCGUCUGGACCAGAAGAGUAUCGAUAUUCUCGACGAGUGGGCCAGGCAAAAUGCUGAACGCUACUGGAUUGCCAAGGGUGGACCGCUUGCACCUCGUUCAGAGGGCGGAGCCGACGUCGUUAUCGUCGAUGAUCCCCAAAUGCCUUCUCUUGUCAAGAUCGCCAAAGAGCAAGAUCCAACCCGACCCGUCCUCUUCCGCAGCCACAUCCAAGUACGCGCAGACCUGGCGGACCAGCAAGAUACGCCUACUGCUGGAGUCUGGAAUUGGGUCUGGAACAACGUCAAGGAUUGCGACGCGUUCAUCAGCCAUCCAGUCCGUGAAUUUGUGCCUAAGAACGUGACCACAGAGAAGGUUGGCUAUCUGCCUGCAACUACAGACUGGCUCGAUGGCCUUAACAAGGAACUCGACGAGUGGGAUACACAGUACUACAUGCACGAGUUCGAAAUGGCGUGUGUUGACAAGGGUGCGAACCUCCUUGCCUUCCCAAGGCGCAAGUAUAUUACACAGAUUGCACGUUUCGAUCCCGCCAAGGGUAUUCCGGAUGUCCUCGCUUCUUACGCUGUACUCCGCCGCGACUACAUGAAGGACAAGCCCAUCGACGAGAUUCCCCAGCUCGUCAUCGCCGGCCACGGAGCCAUCGACGACCCCGACGCCACCGGCAUCUUCGACGAGACCGAGAACCUGCUCAAUGAGCUGUACGCAGACAUCAAAGACGACGUGAUCGUCAUGCGCAUCGGCCCCGUCGACCAGCUGCUCAACAUCCUAAUGGCCAACGCCCACGUCGCGCUCCAGCUCUCUACGCGCGAGGGCUUCGAAGUCAAAGUCUCAGAGGCCCUGCACCACGGCGUCCCCAUCAUCGCCACGCGCCGCGGCGGCAUCCCCCUGCAGGUCGAGCACGGCAAAUCCGGCUUCCUCGUGGACGUCGGCGAACACGACACCGUCGCCAACUACCUCAACCACCUCUUCACCGACGACGAGGCGUACACCAAGAUGGCCGACUACGCCGCCAACCACGUCAGCGACGAGGUCAGCACCGUCGGUAAUGCGCUGAGCUGGCUGUACCUCGCCGACGAGCUCGCCAACGGCGCACACAAGAUCGAGCCGAACAGCCGCUGGAUCAACGACAUGGCGCGCGAGAAGGCGGGAUUCCCAUACAGACCUGAGGAUAACGAGACGACGCUGAAGCGCGAGAGCGAGAGGCUGGAUCUCACGCACCAGGCGAGCCGCAGCAGGCAGGGCAGCGGGCAGCACUGA